UAUACCUCCAUAAUCAAUGACGCACAAAGUCGAACGCAUACCAUCAGAUGUACGCAGUUGGAUCCACACAAAUUGAGUAUAAGGUCGACAGCGCCAUACUUACAGCGGGUAUUGCUCCCACCUCAACCUCUUCUCUAGCACCAAUGCCCGACCCGACAGAAAAGAAGCCACCAACGAACUCAACCCAGCACAGAAUUCAGAUCUCGGAACCAAGUCAGGACAAAAUCCCUCCUCAUGAUGACUCUCAUUAUCGCCACCAUGGUGUACCAUUACUAUCUAUUCCUAGAACAUCGACUCAAGGACGCUUACCUCGUCCACCUCUGCAAAGAGGCGCAGAGGACAGGCCAGACAACAGCCAUUUUCACCCAGUCUGUUUCCGAGACGCGUCGAGUCUCCCGUCUGCUCGACGCUCUCAAGAUAGGCGUCGUUUCCCUCCAAAUCGACCUUUCGCCAUCAGCGCGAGCAGCUUCUUUAGACAAGCUCCGCCGCAAGGAGUGCCAUGCCCUUGUGACAACGGACGUUGCGGCCACCCUUGGUCCCAUCCCUGACGUUGACCGUAUCAUCAACCUCACCCUCACAUGGAAAAUGAACCCCGAGAUAUAUACCAAACGCGCCAGUCACAUAGGUCAUGCCGGUACUUCGGGGCAGGUUAUGACCUUUGUUACACAAUACGAUAUGGAGGUCUACGACCGCCAAAACAAAGUUCUGGGCGUGCCCUUGGUAGAAUAUACCGUCGAUAUGGAUUCGGUCAUGUCCUGUAGGGAGCAGGUGGAAGAGGCUGCGCUUGAGGACCCUUCGUUGAGAGACACAGGCCUGCUGCGGGCAGGAGGGCGACUGAAGCCCGUCGGUCCCGAACGGGCUGCGAGUUCCACUUUGGGGUAUUAGCUAAUCUAAAUAGGGUUAGCUUGUAUCAGAUCGCCCGGUAGCCAUCCGA